AUGCAGGAACAGGCUGGUGCGGGCCUCUGUCAGGACAUCGUAGGCAGAAUCAGUCGAAAGCGUAUCCGCGAAGCCCGACUCAAAGAAAUCAAACUGGAACUUAUAAAUUCUGAACGUUUAAAGGGCUACUUUGCCGACCACGCCGCAGACUACGAUGCUCUGCGACACGACAAACCCCUGUCCACAGCUGCCCAACCUCACCUUAAAGAUGUUCCUGGGUAUAUGGUACCGCCCUCUCUGCAAGCCCUGGUCAGGAAUUCGACCAGACGUACUCGUAGUAGACAACACUUUCGGCCAAAUAAGCGUGCGGGCAGACAAGACGCACCCUCCACCUCCUCGGCUGCUGGACAGGAGGCGCCAUCAGGUCACAUCAAACUGAAGCAACUGCGUAACCACAAGACCAAAAUGGCAAUGGCUCGCAAUCCUGCUAAACUUGCUCAGAUAAAAACCCAACUGGCCCGACGGGUAAGUAUCACACACACACCAUACGGCAUUACAACAUCCUUAUUUCUGUAA